GAGCUUUACCGAUUGUUAAUUUAGCAAAGUCGGUGUUGUCUCGUUGAAGAAGAUUGAUGUUGUCUUGGAAAUUAAGCACAUUGCCACAAUUUGUGCCACAAUUUCGUGAAAUAUGACUACCUAAUUGUGACUGCUUUUCUCCAGCUUGGGAGUGUCGGACGAUAUUCUCGUUUUAUAUUUUGCGAGGCGCAUGUCAUUUUCCUGUUGUCCUGCACUCAGGUCUGAUGGUGACGUUUCUGUACACGGCCAACCUGAUCUCCUCAUUGACUGUGAGGGACCACCCCAAGCCCCUCACGUGCUUGGACGACUUCGCUCGUAGAACCGACUGGAAGUUCUCCACCUGGAAAGAAGCGCCGGCGUUCGAUGUGUGGAAGAAGAGCGACAACCCGAGCGAGCGGCACCUGUACCAGAUGCGAGAGGCAGGCGACCAGUUCCUGGAUAUUGACGGCAGCGAGGAGUCGCACCGGCAGUGUCUGCGACCGCGCGUGCUCUGCUACUACGACCUGCGCCACUACUUUAUCGCCACUGGGGCGGACGCGUGCGUGCUGCAGCCUCUGGAGCAGCAGCGCCCCUCGGUCACCAACAACUACAUCGUGCUGCGGAAACGGCUCGGCACGCUCCGACAGAGGGCCAACGCCGCGCUGCUGCGGCUCCGUGAGACGGGCGUGCUGCGGCACCUGUACCAGUUCUGGUUCGCCGACUCCCGGGUCAGCUGCGCCGCCCACUGGACCGAGGGUCUGCCGAUGUCGGCCGGAGACACACAGGCCGUGCUGAUGGUGGCGCCCCUCGGAUGUAUCCUCGGACUGCUGCUGCUGCUGCUGGAGCGGGCUAUCGCCUGCCGACGUCCCAGCCACCGGCCGACGCGGAGAUUCCACCCGCCGAGUCAGACGCAGGGAGACCGUGUGACUCCGGUGGUCGUCAACGACAAAAUGAGCUCGAUCGGUGCUGCUCUGGUUUUCCAAAACGAUUCUCGGCCAGCGAGAUUUUAGCUGUGAAUGACGAUUAUGAAUACAUAUGUGUAAACAG